UUGACAAAAAUGAUAGGCAGUUAAAUAUGCACUUGCUUCAGAAAACGCAAGCGAGCAUUCUUCCAAAUACUCGAAUCGUCUGUCUCUAGUACCUCAAUCAAGGUGAGCAUUCUUCUCAACCCCGAUUCUUCAUUGAUCUCAUCACAAAACCCAUUUAUUGAAUCUGAAUAGAAAGAACCCCACGAUUAUUAUUUCAUACAAUUGAACUUCUUCAGCGUUGUUCGUGAACUCCCUCAAGUUAAAGACACUACCUUUCUGGCUUUGUUCUCUUGCAAUCCCUUGAGAAAAGUUUAUGUUCUGUGUUUGGGAACCCAUGCACAAUUUUUCAUUUGGUGGGUCUCGUUAAUUUCUGAGAUUUCCAGAGAAUUGAAAGAAAAAAAAACCCUUGAAUUUGGGAGCGUUGGAUUGAAUAGACUGUGCUGUGUUGUUUGAUUGUAGCAUUUAGAAGGGGGUUUUGAGAAAUGGGGAAGCCUUUGUUUUAUGAGAUCUUGGAAAAACCUGCCACAAGUUGCAUCAUAGGCAUAUGUAGCAUGAUUUGGUUCUACAUACAGAAGAAAAAUAUUGGGUAUUCACAUGUGGGUCUCAGUUAUGAGACUGCUCUAGAAGGGCAUCAUUGGAGGAUAAUUACUUCUGCUUUUUCUCAUAUUAGUGUUAUUCAUCUUGUUUUUAAUAUGAGUGCACUUUGGAGUCUUGGGGUGGUAGAGCAGCUUGGUCACUUGGGUCUUGGUGUUGAGUACUACUUGCAAUACACACUUGUGUUGGUUGUUCUAUCAGGAGUGCUGGUUCUCGCAAUGUAUCAUUUGUUGAUUGAAAGGUUCAAGCUUGAGUAUUUUCGCCGAGUGACGGCUGUUGGGUAUUCCUGUGUUGUUUUUGGGUGGAUGACAAUUCUUUCUGUGAAGCAACCAUCUUCCAAGUUGGAUCUCUUUGGGUUUCUUUCUCUUCCUAUCAGUUUUGCACCGUUUGAAUCACUUAUCUUCACUUCGAUCAUUGUUCCUCAGGCGAGUUUUCUUGGCCAUUUAUCGGGGAUUGUUGUUGGAUAUGCUAUAGCAUGGGGUUUGAUUCAUGGGAUGAGCAAUUACUGGGCACUUUCCUUGUUGGGAUGGAUUGCACUUGUCUUUGUUUUGAGUUUGAAGAGAUCUGGCGCGGUUGACCUAAACUUUCUUGAGAUUGAAUCUGUUACGGAUCCUUCCUUACCCUCUGUGCGGUUUUUGGCAUCAAACAGUGGCAGAACACUGCAGAUGAGUGCAUUGCCAAAUGGAAAUGUUGAAAUUGUCUAAUGUUAAAGUUAAAUUGAUAUAUCUUGUGAUAUCAGAUGUUGCCUUGACACACUCAAUAUUGAUAGCAAUGUGAUUCUAAUUCUUCCAAUAUAGAAUUUGUUUAAAGCUUUAGCAAUAUCCCUUUUCAGAGUUUGCAUCUCUAGUUAUGUGAUAAUGAAUGUUCUCUGAUGUUGUAUAUCUCCAUUUGUUGAAGUGAUACACUGCUCGUUGAAAAUUUGCUGCUACUUUUUGCCUUUUUGUUU